GUCGGGACCGAGGCGAGGCGCAUCUCAGGCCCGCGGGGUUCUCUGGGGCCCGCCGGGAGCCAGUUCCGGGCUUGUUCAUCUGGCCAAGUCUGGGCGCCCGACGCGUUUCCUGGGCCUUUUGUCGCUGUGGGCAGGGAGCGCCCCCUCCUUCGGGCAGACCUGGCCUUUGGGAAAGAUGAGUCAGACUUCUGUGCAGGGGGGCGGCUCUCCCUUCUGAACUCUGUUAGUAAAAAUCACCUUUCCCGAAGUCCUGGCCUCUCGCUCUGCUCGGACAGGCUCUGGCUAGAUCAGGCCCUUCUUUAUUCAGACCUGAGCCCUGAGUCGGACACGACUGAGCGACUGAACUGAGCCCUGAACCCCUCGGCACUCCUAGCGGCAUCUUUGGAUUUGACCCCUCCUCAUGCCGGGGUGCAGCCACAGGGCCACACCCGCGUGGCCACAGGAAGGACUUUCCAGGAUUUCAGCUUCCGUAUACAUUUAUAAAGCGUGUUCGUCUUUAUUCCUCUCUUUCUCUUUCUUCCUUCCUCCCUCCCUUUUUCUUCCUUCUUCCUUCCUUCCAGAAGGGAGCAGGCAAUAGUCAUGCCGCUGCCUUUCCCUCUUUCUGGGUUUCUGAAUUUCUCUCGGGCUCCUAUCACAGUUCUGGGAGUAUGUGUAAUUAAAGGACAUUUGCAAGGCUAGUCCGGAGGCUUGAGCCCGUGUCUUCCUUUCCAGGGCAGGCCCUUUGAGAACUUGACAUCCGGUAGUUUCAUGUCUCAUGUUGUGGGAUGAAUGCCCGGGUAGAAUUUUGGAAAGAUUUGCCAAAGAGGGACAGGAAAUCGAAAAGGCCUUACCUACCGCUUUUCUAGAGUCAGAUGAUUCAUCCAUCUCUGUUUGAGAUGAAUAUUUUCCACAUGUAUAGAAGCGAUGUCUGAAUUCUUUUUAUUAUUUUUAUUUCUGGCUGCGCUGGGUCUUCCUUGCUGCCUGUGGGUUUUCUCUGUUUGCUGUGAGAGGGGACUACUUCUAGUUGAGGUGCUCAGGCCUCUCAUUGCAGAGGCUUCUCUUGCUAUACAGCAGGGUCUCUAGGACUGGAGCCUCAGUAGUGUGGUGAGCCUGCAGCGUAUGGGAUUUUCCCGGAACAGGGAUCCAACCCAUGUCCCCUGCGUUGGCAGGCAGAUUGUUAAUCUCUGGAUCACCUGGGAAGUCUGGAUGUCCGAAUUCCAAAGGCAAAACUUACAUUUUGAUUUCUUCAAUCAGAAAAAGAAAGUAGUGUAGGAGACUACAAAUUCCUCCUAUAGCACAAAAGCUACAUAGAGGCUAGAGUGCUUAUCUUUCUGAAUCUUUAAGACCCAGUGCAACCAUUUCUUCCAGGAUUCUCCUGGGUUGGUGCCUUAUUUUGUAUACCAAUCAUAGGCCCUGCGUAUCUCCAUUAUUGAAUUUCUCUGAACAGUAAAAAGCAAAAUUCAGAGUGUAAGGUAAGGGAGUUAGGGAAGGCGAGGUUCAGAAAAAGAAGGAGACCUGCACUUUACAGGAAUAGAUCACCUUUAAUGAGGCGAGAAGGGGCAGCAGUCAGAUUAGCGAGCUGCUGCACUAACCCAAGAGUAAGCAUAUGUAGGCAUGUAUGUAAAAAGCUACUGUCUUAAGGGGGCCUGUUCUUCUCUGAGGUUUUUCAGAGUAGUUAUCUCUUAAAUGGCUGGGGCAAGGAAUUCUGGAGAUCAGCCAGAGGCUGGACCGGUUGGGAGCUGGGCGGAAUCAACCUUAAUGUCCAUUUUUUUUUCUUCAGGUGAGAGAGUUCUUUGUUCUGCAUAGAACGGUGGGGAGGACCUAGAGGGGAGUUUUAACUCCAGGACACUUAAGGUUUCCUGCUGCUUCUGUAGUGAAUGGGCAAUAGCAUAAACUAAGUCAGAAUUAAUUGGAAGUAAAUUGGCUGCAAACAGACUCCUUCACCAUAUCUGUCAAGAUCUUUGCCAAGUACACUUUGGAUAGGGAGAUUCCUAAAGCCAUGGGGAGAAAAUAACUUUGCUUCUUGUGUGAGAAAGAAAGUUUUUCUUUGGAUCCCACAUAAUCUUUAUUUUUGUUGUUUAGUCGCUAACUCAUGUCUGACUCUUUUGUGAUCCCAUGGGCUGUAACCCCCUAGGCCCCCCUGUCCAUGGGGUUUCCCAGGCAAGGAUGCUAGAGUGGAUUAUCAUUCUCUUCUCCAGGGGAUCUUCCUGACCCAGGGAUCGAACCCAUGUCUCUUGCAUUGGCAGGUGGAUUUUUUACCGCUGAGCCACUAGGGAAGCCCCAGGUGAUCUUUAGAUCAUUCAGAACAGUAGCAAGCCAUAAAGCUCUUUGCAAAGGGUAGGCUGAUUUUUCUUCACCUCCCCUAUUUCAGUUUGUCACGACUUGUUAUGGAGAACUGGAAAGGAAAGUGUAGUUUUCUUUCAUUUGUCCUGCAAAUUCAUCCAGAAGUGGUUCUUUCGAUUGUAAAGGUCAGCAGUUUAAGUGCCUGCCUACCAUGUGCCAUGCACUACAUUGGCCAUCGCUGUUGGAAGGAUGUAUUUUAGACACAGCCGCCUCUCUCAAGAAGCUCACACAGUGGUAGGGAGAGCAGAUUCGUGGGUAGUAAAUACACACAUGGUGGCAUUCUUGGGAUAUUACUGGAGCACUGAGGAAAUCACCUAACCCCACUUUUUGGAGUUGGUGCCCGGCUGACUCUGAAAGGAUGCGUAGAUGAAGAAGGAGGCGGCGAGUAUAACAGCAGCCGUGGAGAAACUCUUGAAAUCAGGACCUUUGAUAUUUAGGAAAACCAUGUUUAACUCUACUGAGAUCAAGUUUUCUGUGAAGUCAUUCAGCUGUCCCGGGCCUAUGAAGUUUACCAUCGAGUGGCAUUUGGAGCAUCAUACCUGUCACAAUGAAUAUUCUGAGUUGGAAGAGCUGUCACAGAAACAUGAACUUCAGGUCACUGAAGACUUUUGUGGUCAUUAUUUCAAGAACAGUGAAUGCUGGACAACAAAAAAUGAAAAUGUAGAGUGCAGUAGUGAUUUACAGGUGUUUCCCCCAUUGAAUAAUAAACAACUAAUAUCAAAUACCGGAAAUGUUUCAAACCAGGAAGGAUCAACAGAUGUUGUAGCCAAAACACAAAGAGAUGGGUUUCAUAUCUUUAUUGUUUCUGUUAAAACAGAAAAAACAGAUGCAAGCUGGAAUUUGAACGUUUCUCUUUCUAUGUUGGGACCUUAUGGAUAUAUAUCUGCAUCAGAUUGGCCUCUAAUGAUUUUCUACAUGGUGAUGUGUAUUGUUUAUAUCUUAUAUGGUGUUCUGUGGCUGAUGUGGUCUGCCUGUUACUGGAAAGAUAUAUUAAGAAUCCAGUUCUGGAUUGCAGCUGUUAUUUUCCUGGGAAUGCUUGAAAAAGCAGUCUUUUAUGCUGAAUACCAAAACAUCAACAGCAGUGGGCUAUCAACGCAAGGGUUACUGAUAUUUGCGGAGUUGAUAUCUGCGAUUAAGAGGACUCUGGCUCGCCUCCUGGUGAUCAUCGUGAGCUUGGGAUACGGUAUCGUAAAGCCUCGUCUAGGAACCGUCAUGCACCGGGUCAUUGGAUUGGGGGUUCUUUAUUUUAUCUUUGCGGCUGUUGAAGGCGUGAUGAGAGUCAUUGGGGGUUCUAACCAUUUAGCUGUUGUCCUUGGUGACAUUAUUUUAGCAGUUAUUGACUCCAUUUUUGUAUGGUUCAUUUUUAUAAGUUUGGCACAAACUAUGAAGACUCUCAGGCUAAGAAAGAACACAGUAAAAUUUUCUUUAUACAGGCACUUUACAAAUACCCUGAUCUUUGCCAUACUGGCAUCUGUAGUGUUUAUGGUGUGGACAACUAAGACAUUUAGGUUUGCAAAAUGUCAAUCAGAUUGGAUGGAACGCUGGGUUGAUGAUGCAUUUUGGAGCUUCCUUUUCUCACUUAUUCUUAUUGUAAUAAUGUUUUUGUGGAGACCAUCAGCAAAUAAUCAGAGAUAUGCCUUCAUGCCUUUAAUAGAUGAUUCUGAUGAUGAAAUUGAAGAAUUCAUGGUAACAUCUGAAAAUUUAACUGAAGGAAUAAAAUUAAGAGCCUCAAAAACAGUUUCCAAUGGAACAGCUAAACCUGCUACUUCUGAUAAUUUUGGUGAAGAUUUGAAGUGGGUGGAGGAAAAUAUUCCCUCUUCAUUCACAGAUGUAGCUCUUCCAGUGUUGGUGGAUUCAGAUGAGGAAAUUAUGACCAGAUCUGAAAUGGCAGAAAAAAUGUUCUCUUCCGAAAAAAUAAUGUGAUGGAACCCAUAUAAAUGAAACCUAUGUAAUGAUGAAGGAUUUCCUCAAGACUAAAAGAGAGCUUUGUUUUGAUAUAGUGCAACAAGUUUUUAUUGCAUCAUCUUGGAAAUCUAUGUAUGAAAAUUAAGAAUUCAGAUGGUAGAAGGGUUCUGUAACCCUUUUUAAACUGACCCUUGAGUGCCAGUUUCAUGUCCAUUAAAUUGCCUACUUGGCAAUGAUCUGAGAGAAGUAUUGUAAUAAAGAUAGAUUCCCAACUACCCUUAGCUGAUGGGUGGCAGACAUGUGGAUUUGGGCAUGUGGGUUCUCUUUUUUUUUUUUCCUGAAAAAUAUGACAAUUUAAAAUAACUUACAUUACAUCAAUGUUCCUAUUGUUCUGCUGAGCUUCAAAACAGUGAUAUGAUUCUUCUGAGAUGUGGUUAAAGCAGUGUCUCCAUCUAUUGGGUUUAUAGUUAUAAGUUACAAUAAUAAUUCUCUUUGACUUUCAUGCUGAAGUGAUUUGGUAAUAUUGAGUUGGCCAAAAAGUUCAUUUGUUCCAUGAGACGUUACAGGAAAACCUGAACGAACUCUUUUGCCAACCCAGUAAGUGAAACUCGAUUAAUGUUGGAACAUAAGGAUGUAUAUAUGGGUAGUCUUGCUCUGGGUGUGAUGUGUGUGUGUGUGCACAGGUCUGUGCAAAGGCCUUGGGUGCAGCUCACACCAUGCACAUCAAAUCGUUGAUCUCUGAGCUCAGGGGAACACAGUUCACGGAGAGAGAGGUCCCUUAUGAAAAUCUGCUCCGCCUGUCCCCUCCCUUAGGCCAGGUGUGAACGUACUGCUGCUGAAUCUGCAAUGGGACAGGUGGGGUCACCUGGCCACGUGGUUCCACUGGAGCACUUCCUCCCAAGCAAGCUGGGAGGCUCAUUACCAGUGAGCCCUGAGGAAACUAGAACCUUCUAUAUCAUCCUAGCAUGUUUGGUUUUGUAAUAAUACAUGUAUUUAACUGUAUAGUAAGUAUAUCACUAUUAAUCUUGUAAUUAAUUUUUUAACCUUAAAUGACCUUUUAUACAUUAUUUUAUUAUAUAUGUAAUGUGUGAUUUGAAAGUUUAGAAAAAAAAGUUUUUUUAAUGCAGAGCAUGCUAAACUUGAAAAGCCAUUGGAAACAGUGUGACAGAAAUGGUAGCUGUUUUGCUGCUUUCCUGACCAAAGAUACAGGGCUAGUGGAUAUUUAGAAUAGGAAUUAAAGUUAGAAUCUUCUGUGUCUUUCUUUGAAGGAGUUCUAACCUUGUGGAGUUGAGGAUGACUUCAGAGUUUUUGAUGAAGAAGCAUCAAAGUCUUAACCAGUACAAACACUUGAAUUAUAACCUUCCUUUUUUUUUUCUUUCCCAUAGUGAAGCCACAAAACAAAAUGGUUUUUUUCAAAAGCCUAACUUUUGAAUUGGUUUCUCAUUUACUCAUUUCAUAGGGGUUGGUUUAAAAAAAAAAAAAAAGAUUUCUAGUAGUAAUGCCUCUUGAAAGGUACUUUCAGCUGUAUUUUCAAUAGUGAAUAUUGGACCCUGUUGUAGUGAGAAAGGCGUGGCUUUCAUCAUGCUUUUGCUUUGGGAUAUCCUUCCCAAGAAAAGAAUGUCUAACAGUGUAGGUUCCCUUCCUUAUUUCUGUUUCUGCCAAGAUAAUGGACUCCACCUGAGGUGCUUCCCAGCGUUUAUGUCCAUUUGAGCGCGGUGUAUAUUUUGCCCUCAGCCCAGUUGUUUCCGAGCUGGAGGUGGCCAUUUCCGUCUUGUUCCUGACAUUUGUAUCUGAUACCACUCCCCAGAUUUUGAAGCAGAUUGAUCCCCAACUCACAUGGCUCCAGCUGGAUUCUGAAAUGCAGAGCCCUGGGCUCCUAGCCCCAGAGGUGGUGGGGUGUGAGUAGGGAGUCAGGGGGAAGUGUGCCGGGAUGGGGUAAACGCCUCCGACGUAACCUGGACGGUGCUGAUGAAAACAUUUCUCUCUGCAUCUGGCAAGACAAGCAAUGCUGUGCCUAUGUGGCUCAGCUGCGCACCAGCAUGUGGACUUCCCUCAUCAUCUCAGAAAGCAGUCUUUUCUCCUGAUAGCCUCCUCAGAAGUGUUUUCCAAAGGAUGUACACUGUCUGUCACCCUCAGUGGUCAGUGUGUUGUCUACUGACGACUCACAGCCUGAAGCAGGUAUCAGAGGGCCUUCUUGGCCCCCUCACGUGGCCAGGAGGGGGCGCCCCAGAACUGUAGCCCUAGAUCUUGUGAAGGACCCCCGGGGAGAAGUCACACUCAGGAGCACUGUUACAGCUCAUCACCAUUGCUUCUGCUCAAAGAUUCCAGAAACUGGUGGCCAGGGUCUUUGAGGCUGCCACACCAAUUUAUUCUUAGGAUGCCAUCAGGGUGGGUCUCCCUGUGAUUGCAGGGAUCUGAGGGUAAGAGUCCAAUUCUUUGUGUUUCUAGGCAAAAUGCCUAAGUGUUCUUACUGUGCCAUUUGUGUUAGAUUUCUGUGAUGUAUGAAGUUGGCUUAAAAGGGAAUUUUCAUGUUUUAAGUUAGAGGAAUAUUAGUAUCUGCUUUCAAGGAAAGUUCAUUUCAAAAAUAAGGAAAAAUAGAUGAAUGUGUGAAUUUUUUGAGCCCAAGAGAUAAGAUGUUCCUACACUUUCCUGUGAAGAAAAUAUUUAAAAUCUUUCACAUAUCCUAUAGAGAGUACUAGACUUCCCCACUCUAACACAGUAUAUUUGCACUACUAUAAUGUGAAGACUGAAGAUAUAAAAGAUGUACAUGUGAUUGGUUUUUUUAUCUUUUUUAAAAAGGGGUUUGAGUCUGCUGCACUAGACUAUACAUAACUGGUUUAUGAGACAUGUUAUACUAGCUUUAUAAGCCCCUAGUGUUGGAACUUGUGUCUUGGUAUGAUCAACAACGUGUGAUAAGCAAUGCAAAACACCACGCCUUAUAAGAAAGAAGUUUAAUGUAUUGGUCAAAGUACUAAAGAAUGUAUUUAAGUGACAAAAGGAGAUUUAAAGACGUGUAUAUUAUAACAUAGGAGCUCAAGAAGAAACUUCUUUAGAACUAGGAAAGCAUGUUAUUUGGGAAGAAAAUUUAGGGGCUAAAGUUGUAUAUUUUUUAUUUAAGAAAUUAAAUUAUUGUAUAAUUUGGAAGACGUUGCUUUGAAUGUAGCACAAAACUAUUUCAAAGAUUUUUAUUUGAAAAAAACGGAUGUAUUUUUGUGCCUUAAUAUUUGUUCUGACAAUAAAAUGCUUUCUGAGA